AUGGUCUGGCCAACUGAACACGAUAAGAGACUUGGCGAGUAUGACGCCAUGGAGUUACCAGGACAGCAGCUAGCUGCAGCAAAUGCCUUCACGCCUCUAGACCACGUAUUGAACUUAGAUAUCAAAGCACCACCAGCAUGCACUCGUCUCACUGGAAUCAUAGCCUCUAUGGGUAAAUCUACAUAUGACGUUGAAAUAUUGGAAAAAAUGAUCGCAGCUGGUAUGAACAUGGCGAUGCUGAACAUGAACUUUGGACCGCGGGAAGAACACACAGAAUGUAUAAAAAUGCUUCGAACGGCAGCUAAAAAUUACAGUAUAAAGAUGGGCAAGAAUUAUCCAUUGGCAAUAGCUAUGAGACUGUCGGGCAGAAAGAUAAGAACAGGACGCAUAGCUGAGACUUUCGGUGAAACUGUUGAACUCAAACCCGGUGAAGUGGUAAGGUUGACAACAGACGAAACGUACAAAGACCGAUGUUCCACUUACACAGUUUACGUAGACUUCAUGUAUUUUGCCGAACAAAUGAACAAAGGCGAUUUUGUAUUAUUGGACAAUGAAACGAUUAUGUUGAAAGUUGAAAUGAUAUCAACCACAACACUAACUUGUAGAAUUGAGAGAGGAGGCUUUUUGGGGUCCUUUAAAGACGUGUUCGUUCCUAAUGUCGUUCUUAAUAUGCCGAAUUAUACAGAGAAGGAUAAACUUGAUAUCGAAAUGGGGAUUCAGAAUCAGAUCGAUAUUGUAAUUGCAUCUUUUGUAAGCUCAGCAAGCUGCAUUAUGGAACUGAAAGCCAUAUUAGGAGAAAGAGGAAAAAAAAUUGCUAUUAUAGCAAAUAUUCAGACAAUUGAAGGAUUUCGUAAUUUCGAUGCUAUUUUGCAGGAAACAAAUGGAAUAAUGAUUUCAAGACAAGAAUUGGGAUCAGACAUUACUCCUAAAAAACUAGUGAUAGCACAGAAGAAUAUGAUAGCCAGGGCUAAUAGAGUUAACGUUCCAAUCGCCGUGAGUGCUCACAUUUUGAGCAGCAUGAGGGAUAAAAAGAUUCCAAAUCGUGCUGAACUCCUCGACAUAGCAAAUUGUAUCCUAGAUGGUGUUGAUAGCCUAGUACUUUGUGCAGAAACUUCAGUUGGAACACAUCCUGUAGAAACCGUCGCCGUCAUGUGUAGCGCUUGCAAAGAAGCUGAAGCUUGUAUUUGGACUAAACAAGUUUUCUAUGAUUUUAUUGACAAAACGCCGUUGCCCUGUGACCAGGCAACAGGUGCGGCUAUGGCAGGAGUGUUGGCAGCACAAAGGUCAAUAGCCGCAGCCAUUGUAGUAGUAACUACUUCUGGUAAAUCUGCUCAGACUGUUGCCAAAUUCAAGCCUAGAUGCCCAGUGAUAGCGGUAACUAGGUACGCAUUGGUGGCUCGACAACUGCACAUGUGGAGGGGUAUCGUACCGCUAAUUUAUGAAGAUGAACCGGAGACUGACUGGGCUUCAGAUCUUGAAAAACGUGUGAAUUUCGCAAUCAAAUGGUCUAUUGAGAGAGGAUUCGUUAGAAUUGGAGAUCCGAUGGUCAUUAUCUCUGGUUGGAGACAAGGAACCGGAUUCACGAACACCAUGAGAGUUGUCUAUGCUACCGCUGAUACAGUGACUGUCUUGUGA